AUGGAUGAACUACCGAUUGUAAAAGAGCUGCAAAGGCGGAUCCGAGAGGCAGAGAAACGCGCGGAUGAAGCAGAGAAGGAACGACAAGAGCAGCGACAACGCGCGGAGAAAGCAGAGAAGGAACGACAAGAGCAUCGACAACGCGCGGAUGAAGCAGAGAAGGAAAUUCGACCCACUACAAUCAACGAGUACAUCGCUGCCUGCCAUUUUUUGGUUUUCUCCAGCUUUAACAUUGAACGGAACUGGGCGCUGACCUCGAAGGGAGCCAUAACCAACCCACGAAAUAAAUGGUGUCCCACACGUAUCGAGCCAUGGUCCGACUUUAUCCAGCAGCAGAAAAUAACAUUCGGCACAAUUUACGAUACCUUCCCCACCGACAGCCGUAUUUUCCAGAAUCGAGCCUUCCUUUCUGGAUUAGGAAAAAGGGUCUCAAUACGCAGCAUAUCAGACGAAACGACGCUUGAGUCCUUUUUACACAACAGUGUCGAAGAUUCCGUCAAGGCGAUUAUAAACCAGCUCAAAGAGGUAGAAGGUGUUAAAAGUGCGUUUAACCUGGGGGAUGGAAUAAUUUUCGAAAAUCAUCCACAUGCCAUCAGCGACCUUGCAGAGGAGGUCGUCUACCGCGAUACCCCAUCGACACCACCGGCUACUCCAAACCACAAUUUCGAUCUCAACCGGCUACGACCCGAUCAGAUUUGCGUCUAUCGAUCCGAUAAUGCAGGCUCGGAAAGACGCUCAAUAAUCUACGUCUCCGAAUACAAGCCGCCCCACAAGCUAACCGCGCCGCACCUCCGUCUUGGUCUUCGCUCGAUAAAUAUUUACAAGGAGUUGGUUAACCGGAAAAUUAUCCCGACGUCGCUGGACCCAGACGCACAGUUCCAGUAUUACGCCGAGAGGCUGACUGCAGCCGCCAUCACGCAAACGUACCACUAUAUGAUUGAAGGGGGACUUGAGUAUGGUCUUUUAACGACGGGUGAGGCGAUUGUUUUUCUAAAGAUUAAUUGGUCCGAGCCUGAGACGCUUUUUUAUCACCUUGCAGAGCCCGGUGCUGAAGUGUUGGCCCAUCCGAAUCAUUUUCAUUUGUGCACAGCCGUCGGUCAGUACCUGGCCUUUAGUCUUAUGGCGCUGGGUAUGCCAGGUGAACAACGAUUGCGCGGGCAGAACGAGCGCCACCAGGCUACUGAAAGGCUUAACACGUGGGUGGAAGACUUCGAGACGACGUUACGAUCGAUUCCGGCGGAUGAGCGACACGCGCCGAGCAGCUUACCUGGCUACCAACCUGAAACAUAUAAGAGUGUCGAUCGAUCUCCGUAUUUUCUCCGGAGAAGAAGACGUCGGCGCGUGGGAGAUGAUCCCAAUAAGGAAGAGGUACAUAAAGAACCAGGAGAAUCAUCAGAUGACGAAUCAGCCGGGGAUUUGCCCGAGACGCCGAGUCCAACUGAACGGCGGACACGUCAAGGUCGGGCGGAUCAGGGAACUCGACGCAGCGAGCGGAUUUUGGCCCAACGGCCGCGAGGUGGAGACGGAGGAGGAAGCAACGAGCAAGACAGGCCCUACUGCACCCAAAAAUGCUUGUUGGGUCUCGUCAAAGGCGGAUUUCUCGACGCAAAAUGCCCCAACGUGGCAUUGCACAACAGGCAGCCCAACUCGCCCUGCGACCACGAUCGUGGACCUAUCGGCAGCUGUAUCCGCCAUCCAAUAAAUCACGCUAAAUUCCUGGACAUUCUCUUCGAGCAGCUAAAACGGUCAUUAGACGUCGGGAUCACGCCGUUAGGGCAGGGAGGUGCACGCAGCGUACUGUUUAAAGUAAGCUUGCUUGAGUUCGGCUAUACCUUUGUCAGCAAGGGCACCGUUCGGGUAUUUGUUAAAGACCUUGAGUACGAGGCGGUGGUUUACAAACGUUUGCAACCCAUCCAAGGUAUAUAUGUGCCCGUUUUCCUCGGAGUUAUCGACUUCCGGUUGAUGAACAGGGCCGCCGUCACGGGCCCACGCCCAAGUGAGGCGGGACACGGAAGAGUGGCUGCCGAUACUUCCGGCGAAACUUAUUAUGCAAAUAUCCGCCCUUUAACAACAGAUAUGGGCGAAGAACUUAAGAAGAUGCGUGAGCAACUGGAAGAGGCCGAGGACGAGCAGCUUGGGAGAGCGGGUUGUAUUUAUAUCGACCUGUUUCGAGACCAAGGUAAUGCGUCGGGUGUGGAAGAGAUGGUGUAA